AUGGAUGCCUCCAAACCCGCUUUUGACAACAGCCUGAGCCCCAGCAGAGGGUACGUCUCGUCUCCUCCUGAUGGGUGGGAAACUGAAGCGUUUUGCUGGCCGGAGAAUGGCACUGUCACCGGGAACGUCGACGUUGAUGCUCCGGCUAGCGGCCCAGGAGGACCGGACCUCUCAGGCUACUGGACCGCCGUGUUCGACUAUGAUGCUGGGGCGGAAGACGAGCUCAGCCUGCGGAAGGGGGACCUGGUGGAGGUGUUGUCUAAGGACUCGUUAGUGUCCGGGGACGAGGGCUGGUGGACAGGGCUGAUCGAGGAUCGGGUUGGCAUUUUUCCCCAGUAAUUAUGUCAGCAUUGGGAAUGGAAUCUCUGAGAAGAUACGGGACAGAGACACGUCAUUGGACGAGUACUCUGAUUACGCCGUGCCUCCACUGCACCGUGAGUAUUGUAUUGUAACAGCCCACUGUCUGCAUACCAGAGGUUGUCGUUAUCACUCAUGUUACAAUGUUUAAUUGUCCUGCACCUUUAUCCCGGUUAUCAGGCCACUCCGACAAUAGCCCCACUCAGGUUUACUGCUAUGUCAUCUCGUUGCAAUAGGCUACCACUUGAUAGCAAAAGAGGUUACGAUCUAUCUACCGGGCAGUCUAGAAUCUGUAGCCUGUAGACCGUCAUAAUGACUGGCAUAUUAUAUUCUCUCUGUCAAGCAAGGCCUUGAGCCUGCACCAUAGGCAGUACCCCGUCUAGCACAUCAUAUCAGGGCCGCUCGGCUCUUCCCUCUGUACGUACCGAUUUGAAGCAUCACUGGUACCACUACGCUGAGCUAGCUAGCCCAAUAUGUGCACUAAAGGAGCCUAACGUUACUCUUUAGUCCAAGGACCUUACAUGUUCUGUUUAAAACGGCGAAUUGGCUCUGGAAGCCAAAACAGCCAAGUACUCCAUCUAAACGUGAAUCGAUUCUCAAUUGCGAUACGGUUCUAGAAACCGUACCGCUAACGUUACUUUCAUAUCACAUCAAAAUAAUUUCACGAAUGCAAAAAAAAAACACACUUACUGUAAAUAGUUUUAACCGGUUUUAACACAGUUGCAGCAGACAGUACCUUUCAGUGACAACAUGUUUGUGGAGUCUGUCUUCCGUUUACACAGGUGUUCAGAGAAGCAGAUAUCUAAUUAGCACAGAUAGUCCACUCUGUCUUCUGUCUGUUUUCCGUGAACAAGCGCUGUAACAUGGAAAUAUGGCCUUUGGGAACCCUAACCUUUAUAAAGGUGUGUAUCAAUGUAACCAUUUGUUUUUUUAAAUAAAUUAUUUAUUGCCAAUAUUAAAGAUAAGGAAGGUCCUUAUGGUUCCAAAACCGUACCGCAAGAGAUGCGUGUUAAUGUUCAGACCGAGCGUCACUGCUCUUAACAAAACUCCCAACCAACAGAAGACAUCUUCGUCCAAUGACUCUUAUGUGUAAUGUAAUGGAACUGAGUCAUGAUCAAGGGCUAAUGCUGGGCAUGCACCGAUAAUGGAAUACCCACUGUGUAUGUUACAAAUGGCAUAUUUUAAACAGCCACCAGUGAAUCUGAUAAAUGAAUAAAUCUCAGGUGAAAUAAAGCAGCUGUAUCUAUCUAUUGUUAGUCUGUGGUCUGUGUGUCUUUGAUCUGAAGCUGGAGAAUUCCCUGUCAGGGUCUGUCUUACCUGCAUAGUGUCAUACUUUAACAGGCAUGUUUGGCAUCUUCAUUUCAACUGUGUGCACCAUUGAGCUCCAAUAAUCACCAGAAGAAACAACAUGAAAAGCUCAUAUUGGAGUUGGCCCAAUGGUCAAAUUCAACCAGAAAUAAAUGUUUCUAGCAGAAAUACAGAAAUCUCACAUAUGGAAAAUCAAUCCAACAGAACUGAAAGAUCUCAAACAAUCACAUUAAGCAGGGACCUGCUCUCCUGCCUCCAUAGGGCCUGUGUCUGAGGGGUUUAUGGUUUCGACCAGUCUCAGUUGUUUGGGUGCAGAUUGGUUGUAGCCCUGUACUGUGUCUCCUUUUGGGAACGUAUAUUUUGUAAUGUCCCUGGGAACCUUCACAGGAACCAAUUUAGGUGUUUUGGGAAAACAUUACUGGUACACUGGUGUAAAUACAUUACCCAGAAACCUAAUGAGAACGUUUGGGGAAUGUUCUGUGGUGGUUGUUACAGGUGUUGUGCACAACAUUUUAGUGAACGUUAGGAGAACAUUCCAAGGAUAUUUUAAUUCUUUUUUAAAAAUAUAAGAUAAAACCCUAACUAGUACUUAAUGGGAAUCUUAGCUAAUGUUCUGGGAAUGUACCCGGUUUGCUGGGUAUUCCCUACAUAGUACACUACUUUUAACUAGAGUCCUAUGGGACCUGGUCAAAAGUAGUGCAGUAAAUGGGGAAUAGGGUGUGGUUUGGGAUAAAUCCUUCAUGUCUCAGAGGCAGCAUGGCCGCUGGCCUACUUUCACAUCACAUACUGUACAACAUCUUUAGUGAAAUAUUUAUCAAGGUCAGGCUGCUUAGCAGACUGUUAGUGAUUCACCAUGUCAACGUUUGCCGCCAACAUACAGUACCUACAUCACCCAUGGACUCUAUUGUAAAUGGAGAAGUCGUCCUCAUCUUACAAAAAAAACAGUUAAGGGCUCUAUUCAAUCCAUAUCGUGGAAGUUCAGCUUUACAGCGUGAUUGAAAUUUUAAAGGCAAUUUUUUCCUGUUUCAGCGGAGACUGCAUUCAUGGUAAACGCUGCGUAUGUCGGCUUUAUCUGAAAUUGCCUUUACAUUUAUACUGUGGAAUCUGGAACGCUUCAGCUUUAUGGAUUGAAUAGAGCCGUAAGUCUCGACCUUCAUGAUUUCCUGGUGCAUUGUAGCCUGGCUACCAGUCUGUUUGUGCCAUCAUGCCACUUGCCACUCCUUGUCAUUCCGGCAAGGAGUUGAUAUGAUACAGUUGAAGUCGGAAGUUUACAUACACUUAGGUUGGAGUCAUUAAAACUCGUUUUUCAACCACUCCACAAAUUUCUUGUUAACAAACUAUAGUUUUGGCAAGUCGGUUAGGACAUCUACUUUGUGCAUGACACUUUGUGCAAACCGAAGAACACCAUCCCAACCGUGAAGCACGGGGGUGGCAGCAUCAUGCUGUGGGGGUGCUUUGCUUCAGGAGGGACUGGUGCACUUCACAAAAUAGAUGGCAUCAUGAGGAAGGAAAAUUAUGUGGAUAUAUUGAAGCAACAUCUCAAGACAUCAGUCAGGAAGUUAAAGCUUGUUCGCAAAUGGGUCUUCCAAAUGGACAAUGACCCCAAGCAUACUUCCAAAGUUGUGGCAAAAUGGCUUAAGGACAUCAAAGUCAAGGUAUUGGAGAGUGCCAUCACAAAGCCCUGACCUCAAUCCUAUAGAAAAUGUGUGGGCAGAACUGAAAAAGCGUGUGCAAGCAAGGAGGCCUACAAACCUGACUCAGUUACACCAGUUCUGUCAGGAGGAAUGGGCCAAAAUUCACCCAACUUAUUGUGGGACGCUUGUGGAAGGCUACCCGAAACGUUUGACCCAAGUUAAACAAUUUAAAGGCAAUGCUACCAUAUACUAAUUGAGUGUAUGUAAACUUCUGACUCACUGGGAAUGUGAUGAAAGAAAUAAAAGCUGAAAUAAAUCAUUCUCUCUACUAUUAUUCUGACAUUUCACAUUCUUAAAAUGAAGUGGUGAUCCUAACUGACCAAAGACAGCACAUUUUUACUAGGAUUAAAUGUCAGGAAUUGUGAAAAACUGAGUUUAAAUGUAUUUGGCUAAGGUGUAUGUAAACUUCCGACUUCAAUUGUAGCACAAACCGAUCUGGAACCAGGCUAGGUGCAUUGGUGAGAAAGGCAGAGAAAUAAAAUGAGGUUGAUUUGAAGCUCAUUUAUGGUCAUAAAUCAUUGAAUUAUGUUUUUGUAUAGUGGACGUCUGUUCAUGCCAGUCUGUAUAGCCCUUUACAUUACCUUUAGUCUCUCAUUGCUCUCUCUGUCCAAUAUUGUCUCUUGGUACCCUGUUUCUCCCUCUCUCUGUCCAAUAUUGUCUCUUGGUACCCUGUUUCUCUCUCUCUCUGUCCAAUAUUGUCUCUUGGUACCCUGUUUCUCUCUCUCUGUCCAAUAUUGUCUCUUGGUACCCUGUUUCUUUCUCUCUCUCUCUGUCCAAUAUUGUCUCUUGGUACCCUGUUUCUCUCUCUCUCUCUCUCUGUCCAAUAUUGUCUCUUGGUACCCUGUUUCUCUCUCUCUCUCUCUCUGUCCAAUAUUGUAUCUUGGUACCCUGUUUCUCUCUCUCUCUCUCUGUCCAAUAUUGUCUCUUGGUACCCUGUUUCUCUCUCUCUCUGUCCAAUAUUGUCUCUUGGUACCAUGUUUCUCUCUCUCUCUGUCCAAUAUUGUCUCUUGGUACCAUGUUUCUCCCUCUCUCUGUCCAAUAUUGUCUCUUGGUACCCUGUUUCUCUCUCUCUCUCUGUCCAAUAUUGUCUCUUGGUACCCUGUUUCUCUCUCUCUCUCUGUCCAAUAUUGUCUCUUGGUACCCUGUUUCUCUCUCUCUCUCUGUCCAAUAUUGUCUCUUGGUACCCUGUUUCUCUCUCUCUCUCUGUCCAAUAUUGUCUCUUGGUACCCUGUUUCUCCCUCUGCAGUACAGCAUACAGUAGGACAUACAGUGGGGAGAACAAGUAUUUGAUACACUGCCGAUUUUGCAGGUUUUCCUACUUACAAAGCAUGUAGAGGUCUGUAAUUUUUAUUAUAGGUACACUUCAACUGUGAGAGACGGAAUCUAAAACAAAAAUCCAGAAAAUCACAUUGUAUGAUUUUUAAGUAAUUAAUUUGCAUUUUAUUGCAUGACAUAAGUAUUUGAUCACCUACCAACCAGUAAGAAUUCCGGCUCUCACAGACCUGUUAGUUUUUCUUGAAGAAGCCCUCCUGUUCUCCACUCAUUUCCUGUAUUAACUGCACCUGUUUGAUAUUGUUACCUAUAUAAAAGACACCUGUCCACACACUCAAUCAAACAGACUCCAACCUCUCCACAAUGGCCAAGACCAGAGAGCUGUGUAAGGACAUCAGGGAUAAAAUUGUAGACCUGCACAAGGCUGGGAUGGGCUACAGGACAAUAGGCAAGCAGCUUGGUGAGAAGGCAACAACUGUUGGCGCAAUUAUUAGAAAAUGGAAGAAGUUCAAGAUGACGGUCAAUCAGUCUCGGUCUGGGGCUCCAUGCAAGAUCUCACCUCGUGGGGCAUCAAUGAUCAUGAGGAAGGUGAGGGAUCAGCCCAGAACUACACGGCAGGACCUGGUCAAUGACCUGAAGAGAGCUGUGACCACAGUCUCAAAGAAAACCAUUAGUAACACACUACGCCGUCAUGGAUUAAUAUCCUGCAGCGCACGCAAGGUCCCCCUGCUCAAGCCAGCGCAUGUCCAGGCCCGUCUGAAGUUUGCCAAUGACCAUCUGGAUGAUCCAGAGGAGGAAUGGGAGAAGGUCAUGUGGUAUGAUGAGACAAAAAUAUAGCUUUUUGGUCUAAACUCCACUCGCUGUGUUUGGAGGAAGAAGAAGGAUGAGUACAACACCAAGAACACCAUCCCAACCGUGAAGCAUGGAGGUGGAAACAUCAUUCUUUAGGGAUGCUUUUCUGCAAAGGGGACAGGACGACUGCACCGUAUUGAGGGGAGGAUGGAUGGGGCCAUGUAUCGCGAGAUCUUGGCCAACAACCUCCUUCCCUCAGUAAGAGCAUUGAAGAUGGGUCGUGGCUGGGUCUUCCAGCAUGACAACGACCCGAAACACACAGCCAGGGCAACUAAGGAGUGGCUCCGUAAGAAGCAUCUCAAGGUCCUGGAGUGGCCUAGCCAGUCUCCAGACCUGAACCCAAUAGAAAAAUCUUUGGAGGGAGCUGGAAAGUCCGUAUUGCCCCGCGAUAGCCCCGAAACCUGAAGGAUCUGGAGAAGGUCUGUAUGGAGGAGUGGGCCAAAAUCCCUGCUGCAGUGUGUGCAAACCUGGUCAAGACCUACAGGAAACGUAUGAUCUCUGUAAUUGCAAACAAAGGUUUCUGUACCAAAUAUUAAGUUCUGCUUUUCUGAUGUAUCAAAUACUUAUGUCAUGCAAUAAAAUGCAAAUUAAUUACUUACAAAUCAUACAAUGUGAUUUUCUGGAUUUUUGACCUCUACAUGCUUUGUAAGUAGGAAAACCUGCAAAAUCGGCAGUGUAUCAAAUACUUGUUCUCCCCACUGUAGGUCUCUCUGUUCCUCCAUCUCUCCUUUCAGUUCUGGAGGUUGACUCUCUCUGUCCUAUCUAUGUUGUAUGUAAGUUCUCUGUCCCCACUGUUCCUGUCAUCUUUAUGUUGUUUGCCCCCUCUUCCUCCUCCUUCUCUCCUCUCAGCGGUGGAGAGGAGGGUCUGUUCCAUAGAAUUAGGAAUGACAAAACUAAAAUGGACAUGAACCUUCUUAUGAUGUGAUAAAGGUCAGCCGUUUUGGUCAGGGAGUUGGUCAACCAUGGUUUGCCAGUGCUGUGAUAAGAUAUUGUGUAAAAUAAUGAAUUUGAAGACUUUAUCUGCACUGUAUGUUUGUUAGCUAGCCUGCCAGUUUUAGAGGAAUGAUUCCAUACAUUUUUUCCAUUAACUGCCAAUAUGCCAACAUUCGAUUCAAACAAUGCAGUCAAUCCACAACCAUAGACUAGUUGAAAUCAGUUGAUAUCGUAUCAUAUAAUAGGACUCACAGCUUUCCAAGACAACAAACAUUUAGACAUACAGUACCAGUCAAAAGUUUGGACACACCUACUCAUUCAAGGGUUUUCUUUAUUUUUACUAUUUUUUACAUUGUAGAAUAAUAGUGAAGACAUCAAAACUAUAAAAUAACACAUAUGGAAUCAUGUAGUAACCAAAAAAGUGUUAAAGAAAUCAAAAUAUAUUUUAUAUUAAAUUUUCUUCAAAUAGCCACCCUUUGCCUUGAUGACAGCUUUGCACAUUCUUGGCAUUCUCUCAACCAGCUUCACCUGGAAUGCUUUUCCAACAGUCUUGAAGGAGUUCCCACAUAUGCUGAGCACUUGUUGGCUUCUUUUCCUUCACUCUGCGGUCCAACUCAUCCCAAAUCAUCCCAAUUGGGUUGAGGUCGGGGGAUUGUGGAGGCCAGGUCAUCUGAUGCAGCACUCCAUCACUCUCCUUCUUGGUCAAAUAGCCCUUACACAGCCUGGAGGUGUGUUGGGUCAUUGUCCUGUUGAAAACCAAAUGAUAGUACCACUAAGCCCAAACCAGAUGGGAUGGCGUAUCGCUGCAGAAUGCUGUUGUAGCCAUGCUAGUUAAGUGUGCCUUGAAUGCUAAAUACAUCACAGACACCAAAGACACGGCGGUUUGAACCAAAAAUCUAAAAUUUGGACUCCAGACCAAAGGACACAUUUCCACCGGUCUAAUGUCCAUUGCUUGUGUUUCUUGGCCCAAGCAGGUCUCUUAUUAUUAUUGGUGUCCUUUAGUAGUGGUUUCUUUGCAGCAAUUAGACCACAAAGGCCUGAUUCACACAGUCCCCUCUGAACAGUUGAUGUUGAGAUGUGUCUGUUACUUGAACUCUGUGAAGCAUUUAUUUGGGCUGCAAUUUCUGAGGCUGGUAACUCUAAUGAACGUAUCCUCUGCAGCAGAGGUAACUCUGGGUCUUCCAUUCCUGUGGCAGUCCUCAUGAGAGCCAGUUUCAUCAUAGCGCUUGAUGGUUUUUGCGACUGCACUUGAAGAAACUUUCAAAGUUCUUGAAAUGUUCAGUAUUGACUGACCUUCAUGUCUUAAAGUAAUGAUGGACUGUUGUUUCUCUUUGCUUAUUUGAGCUGUUCUUGCCAUAAUAUGGACUUGGUCUUUACCAAAUAGGGCUAUCUUCUGUAUACCCCCCCUACCUUGUCACAACACAACUGAUUGGCUCAAAUGCAUUAAGAAGGAAAGAAAUUCCACAAAUUAACUUUUAAGAAGGCACACUUGUUAAUUGAAAUGCAUUCCAGGUGACUACCUCAUGAAGCUGGUUGAGAGAAUGCCAAGAGUGUGCAAAGCUGUCAUCAAGGCAAAGGGUGGCUAUUUGAAGAAUCUCAAAUAUAAAGAAAAACCCUUGAAUGAGUAGGUGUGUCCAAACUUUUGACUGGUAGUGUAUAUGGUCUGUUUAAAUAUAUUCUAAAAGCUAUUUACACGGAAAUUUGGUCUAAAACCUGUAUAAACUGUAUUCAUAAUUUCUAUGACAAUAUUUUAGGUUGACAAUUUUAUUACACAAUUUCUGAUGUAUCCUUACUUUUGUUUUCCUGCUUAGGUAAAAUCAGAGUUCUGCCUCUACUGUCAUUCAUUCCAAUUAGACUGGUUUGGAUUCCUCGCUGACCAAUAUGGCUGCCAUUUUCACCCCAUUCUGGAACUUUGAGGGUUUAUGACAUAUCCCCUCUAGUAAUUUAAUAGGGUCUCUAUGGUCUGUUCAUAUCACACUAUAUAUAUUCCAAUAUCACCGUUUGUCUCAUUGCUCACUCUCUGUCCUCUUUCUCUGUACCCCUGUUUCCUCUCAUACCCUGUUCCUUCUCAUUCAUACCCUGUUCCUUCUCAUUCAUACCCUGUUCCUUCUCAUUCAUACCCUGUUCCUUCUCAUUCAUACCCUGUUCCCUCUCUCCCUCAGUUCUCGAGAUUGACUUCUCGGAGCUGACCCUGGAGGAGAUCAUCGGGGUGGGUGGUUUUGGGAAGGUGUACCGUGCCAUGUGGCGGGGGGCGGAGGUGGCGGUGAAGGCUGCGAGGCGGGACCCCGAUGAGGAGGAGGGACAGAUCCUAGAAAGCGUUCGUCAGGAGGCCAAGCUGUUUGCAAUGCUGCACCACCCCAACAUCAUGGCCCUACUGGGGGUAAGAAUCCUGCUGUAUCACCCCAAUAUCAUGACCCUACUGGGGGUAAGAAUCCUGCUGUAUCAUCCCAAUAUCAUGGCCCUACUGGGGGUUAGAAUCCUGCUGUAUCACCCCAAUAUCAUGACCCUACUGGGGGUUAGAAUCCUGCUGUAUCACCCCAAUAUUAUGUCCCUACUGGGUGCUACUAGGGGUCAGAAUCCUGCUGCACAUCCCAAUAUCAUGGCCCUACUGGGGGUAAGAAUCCUGCUGCACCAUCCCAACAUCAUGGCCCACUGGGGGUAAGAAUCCUGCUGCACCAUCCCAACAUCAUGGCCCUACUGGGGGUUAGAAUCCUGCUGUAUCACCCCAACAUCAUGGCCCUACUGGGGGUAAGAAUCCUGCUGUAUCACCCCAAUAUCAUGGCCCUACUGGGGGUAAGAAUCCUGCUGCACCAUCCCAACAUCAUGGCCCUACUGGGGUAAGAAUCCUGCUGACCCCAAUCACCACAAUCUAAUCCCAAUCAUGGCCCUACUGGGGGUCUAGUAAUGAGAUAUGGACCCCUAAAAAUCAUGGCCAUACAUGGGAAAGAAUCUCAUGCACCUGUUCCAAGGCCCUGUCAAAGUGCCUAUGGGAAUGGUGGAUUGGGAUGCGCCUAUGCUUCCAACCCCACUGAAACUAGGUGCACUGGAACACUAUACACUGGGUGAUGAAGACUUCCUGGUGAUAAGUAUCACCUGGGUGAGAAGACUUCAGCUGGGUUGAGUAAGACGUCACCUGGGUUGAUGAAGACUACACCUAGUUGAUGAGCGUUCACCUGGGUUGAGAGAUUCACUGGUGAUGAGACGUCACCUGGUGAUAAGACGUUCACUGGCUUAUGAAGAUCACCUGGUGAGAAUACGGUGAUGAAGUACUUCACCUGGUUGAUGAAGACGUUCACCUGGUGAUAAGAGUUCACUGGGUUGAUGAAACUUACUGGGUGAUGACAUUCUUGUUGAUGAGACAUUCACCUGGUUGAUGAAGCUCCACUGGUUGAUGAAGACGUUCACCUGGGUGAUGAAGAUUUACACCUGGGUUGAUGAAGACGUUCACCUGGGUUGAUGAAGACGUUCACCUGGGUUGAUGAAGACGUUCACCUGGGUUGAUGAAGACGUUCACCUGGGUUGAUGAAGACGUUCACCUGGGUUGAUGAAGACGUUCACCUGGGUUGAUGAAGACGUUCACCUGGGUUGAUGAAGACGUUCACCUGGGUUGAUGAAGACGUUCACCUGGGUUGAUGAAGACGUUCACCUGGGUUGAUGAAGACGUUCACCUGGGUUGAUGAAGACGUUCACCUGGGUUGAUGAAGACGUUCACCUCGGUUGAUGAAGACGUACACGUCACAAUAAUGAGAACAAUAAACAUGCAUAGCAUUUUUCUGAACCCCAAUAAUCAGCAUUCCUGUAUGUUUUAGAUGUGUAAAUGGAUCAAAUAUUUCAGCUUCUAUUGGUACUAUGUACUGUACUGAUUCCUGAUUGGUUGAUUUCCAUUCUCCUUGUUUAACAGGUGUGUCUCCAGGAGCCGACACUGUGCCUGGUGAUGGAGUUUGCCCGGGGAGGACCGCUGAACCGAGCCCUGUCAGGGAAACGUAUCCCACCAUGCACCCUGGUAGACUGGGCCGUGCAGAUCGCCCGUGCCAUGCACUACCUCCACUGCGAGGCCAUCGUCCCCAUCAUACACAGAGACCUCAAGUCUAGCAACAGUAAGAGAAAGUUUCCUUAUGUGACAUGGUAAUAACAUGGGCAUAACAUGGUAAUAACAUGGUAAUAACAUGGGCAUAACAUGGUAAUAACAUGGUAAUAACAUGGGCAUAACAUGGUAAUAACAUGGUAAUAACAUGGGCAUAACAUGGUAAUAACAUGGUAAUAACAUGGGCAUAACAUGGGCAUAACAUUGCAUUAAAUCACUUGUGUUGCACAUAGCCGUGGGAAGAGGAAGUUUUGUGUUUUUAGUUUAUGUUUUGAGUAGGGGGGUUCUGACCGCGGGGGGGGGGGGCGUAGGCUGAGCAUAGGAUAAGAUUGGGUAAAAGUAGUCACUGCAGCUGAAGUUAAUUUAACUCAUGACUGUUUGCAAAACAAAAUAGACCGUUAUGAACAGAGUGCACAUUUCUACUGCAUAAUUACAACGUGUGUGUGUGUGUGUGUGUGUGUGUGUGUGUGUGUGUGUGUGUGUGUGUGAAAGAGAAAACAAGAGGGUUGUUGUAACUAAAUUAGUAAACCCUAUUAACACUGAGCACAGCUAUGUGAUCCAUUGCAUAGAAAAGCGCUUACCUCGAUCCAGCACCACCGGAUGGAAAGCACCACUCACUGGGCCGGGCCCUUAAACACUGUGUUAGACUAGUGGACUGGUACCCUACGUGUUUGACAUGGGGCAGGAGCAGGCCUUCGAGCCCGGGGAGAGAGAAUAACUUAUUUGAUAUUGGUCCAAUUCCCUUUUCUCCAAGUUUAGAAUGAUAAACUAAUAGAAAAUAGAACACUGCUCCAGAUCACUUUGAUAUCCAUCACAAGGGGGAGACUCAACUCAAACUAAACUGUCUAUCGUACAGCAGAGCAUGUGUCUGUGGUCCUCUGUAGCUCAAUUGGUAGAGCAUGGUGCUUGUAACGCCAGGGUAGUGGGUUCGAUCCCCGGGACCACCCAUACGUAAAAAUGUAUGCACACAUGACUGUAAGUCGCUUUGGAUAAAAGUGUCUGCUAAAUGGCAUAUUAUUAUUAUUAUUAUUAUUAAAUCCCCACAACUGAAUAGAUAAGAGCACAUCAUGAGCGCACCGCUUACAAAACAGAGCUGAGAGCUCUCCAGGCAGAAUGGGGCCCAAAACAGAGCUGAGAGCUCUCCAGGCAGAAUGGGGCCCAAAACAGAGCUGAGAGCUCUCCAGGCAGAAUGGGGCUCCAAAACAGAGCUGAGAGCUCUCCAGGCAGAAUGGGGCCCAAAACAGAGCUGAGAGCUCUCCAGGCAGAAUGUGGCCCAAAACAGAGCUGAGAGCUCUCCAGGCAGAAUGUGGCCCAAAACAGAGCUGAGAGCUCUCCAGGCAGAAUGUGGCCCAAAACAGAGCUGAGAGCUCUCCAGGCAGAAUGGGGCCCAAAACAGAGCUGAGAGCUCUCCAGGCAGAAUGGGGCCCAAAACUGAGCUGAGAGCUCUCCAGGCAGAAUGGGGCCCAAAACAGAGCUGAGAGCUCUCCAUGCAGAAUGGGGCCCAUAUAUAAAUAUCCUAUUUUUUUUCCCUCUCCCUUACCCCAAUUCCAUUAACAUUUAUAUGAAUAAUGCAUUGGGUCAGCCCUGCAGGAUCCCUUAACCCCAAGCCUAUUAGACAGGAUUUGUCCCAUGCUCAGUCUAUGCCUUCCUAUUGGCUACUUCCAGUCAACACAGGCAGUUUCUCCUCUCCCAUUGGCCUGUGGCUUGUGGUUAGCCCGGUCCCUUGGCUGUGAUUGACUUGUUUUGAGGUGGUAAGCCAAUAGCAUCAUCAGUUCAGUAAAAGGUGACCGUUCUAUCCCAGAUACAUGCUGUUAAUGUACAUGAACCCACAUCCCCGGGGAAUCCCCACACCACGUGAGGAUACACUUUAUUAGGUUGUUUACCUGUAAAAUACAGGCGAGGUGAGAUUACACUACCCCCCCCCCAGCCCCCGCAAGGCGGGGGGCCCACAAGCUUUGGGGGCCCCAAACCCCCGGAGGUCGGGCCCCCUAGAUAGCAUAUGAACACGUCAUAAGCCAUUUUUUUAUUUUUUUUAUCUUAGGUCUCAUGGCUGUAAUGUUAUUAAUAUCUUUCAUAAUUCAUAAAAUAUGUGUUUAUGUCAAACAGUUUUGUUAUAUUUCAGUCUUCUGUGAUAUAUAUAAAGUGUAAUCUUGGGAUGCAAACUCAAAAUGUAAUACAUUUCAACUCUCUAUCUGACAUGGUACAGGUGUCUUAUUGUUUGUAAGGCCAUAACCAUGUGUGUGAGGUGUAUACUUUUGUUUCAAAGUAGAUUUGUUUAAGACUACAAAGAAUCACUCUGUGUGACCCUGACUUAGCCCACUGCAGUAAAAGGUGAUACAAACACAUUUGGAAUCACCAUGGUGACAACAACCAUAAACUGUCAACCAUCUGCCUGAUAGAUUAAGAUAGAAUAUGAAUUUUGGUUCAAAUAUGUUAAAUUAAAUUAGGUUUUAGAGUCAUAAAGCCACUGCGGAAAAACUAAAUUGCUGUGUAUACCAGUUGAAUGAAUACAUUUUUUGGGGGGGUUGUCAACUCUGUAAAACAUAAAUUCCGUCAGAGUGCUGAAAGAUCUGAUAUAAUGGUUAUGUUUUUAUUGGGGAUUAUCAAAUGAAUAAUUUUCAAUAUUUUACAAAUGUUUGUAUUUAACUUUUAUUUUGAGGCAAAAAUAUGUCUAUUUUGAGUAUCUGUCAACUCCGUCAGCGGCUUGUCAACUUUUCAACUGAUGGCUAACCCCCUUAAGAUAUAAUUUUUUUGGGUCAAUAUUCUGAAAAAACAUUUGCUGUGCUAGUCUUAAGAGAUAAUGUUUGCUUUAUAAAUGCUGUUUUAUGUUCUAAAUCUAGAAAAACAUGCCAAAAUGCAAAUGAAAUUAGCCAUGGAUCUGAUUUGAAUCCUGGCCUCAGUUAAUUCAACUGACUGAAUUUAGCCUAUUCCUCAUAUUUACAUUUACUGGCCCCCCGUGGGAAUCGAACCCACAACCCUGGCGUUGCAAACGCCAUGCUCUAUCAACUGAGCUACAUCCCUGCCGGCCAUUCCCUCCCCUACCCUGGACGACGCUGGGCCAAUUGUGCGCCGCCCAUGAGUCUCCCGGUCGCGGCCGGCGGCGACAGAGCCGGGUUAGGCUACCUAUAUGAAAAGCUAGCAGUAGACCCACAUAACUACUCCCAGCCCCAGAGCCGGGUUAGGCUACCUAUGUGAAAAGCUAGCAGUAGACCCACAUAACUACUCCCAGCCCCAGAGCCGGGUUAGGCUACCUAUGUGAAAAGCUAGCAGUAGACCCACAUAACUACUCCCAGCCCCAGAGCCGGGUUAGGCUACCUAUAUGAAAAGCUAGCAGUAGACCCACAUAACUACUCCCAGCCCCAGAGCCGGGUUAGGCUACCUAUGUGAAAAGCUAGCAGUAGACCCACAUAACUACUCCCAGCCCCAGAGCCGGGUUAGGCUACCUAUAUGAAAAGCUAGCAGUAGACCCACAUAACUACUCCCAGCCCCAGCUCCAGCCUGUAGUCUGUAGUCUGCAGACACACCCUUGCAUCCCAAAUGGCACAUUUAUUCCCUAUGUAGUGCCAUUUGGGAUGCAUACAGCCACAGCAGAUGGAGAACAUAGACUUUGGAUGUUGUAUUUAGGGACUGGGUGGUGUAUAUGGGGACUGGGCGGUGUACAUGGGGACUGGGCGGUGUACAUGGGGACUGGGGGGUGUACAUGGGGACUGGGGGGUGUACAUGGGGACUGGGCGGUGUACAUGGGGACUGGGGGGUGUACAUGGGGACUGGGCGUGUACAUGGGGACUGGGAGGUGUACAUGGGGACUGGGCGGUGUACAUGGGGACUGGGGGGUGUACAUGGGGACUGGGCGGUGUACAUGGGGACUGGGCGGUGUACAUGGGGACUGGGCGGUGUACAUGGGGACUGGGCGGUGUACAUGGGGACUGGGCGGUGUACAUGGGGACUGGGGCGGUGUACAUGGGGACUGGGGGGUGUAUAUGGGGACAGGGCGGUGUACAUGGGGACUGGGGGGUGUACAUGGGGACUGGGCGGUGUACAUGGGGACUGGGGGUGUACAUGGGACUGGGCGGUGUACAUGGGGACUGGGGGGGUGUAUAUGGGGACAGGGCGGUGUACAUGGGGACUGGGGGGUGUACAUGGGGACUGGGCGGUGUACAUGGGGACUGGGCGGUGUACAUGGGGACAGGGCGGUGUACAUGGGGACUGGGCGGUGUACAUGGGGACUGGGGCGGUGUACAUGGGGACUGGGGGGUGUACAUGGGACUGGGGGGUGUACAUGGGGACUGGGCGGUGUACAUGGGGACUGGGGGGUAUACAUGGGGACUGGGGGGUGUACAUGGGGACUGGGCGGUGUACAUGGGGACUGGGGGGUGUACAUGGGGACUGGGCGGUGUACAUGGGGACUGGGCGGUGUACAUGGGGACUGGGCGGUGUACAUGGGGACUGGGCGGUGUACAUGGGGACUGGGCGGUGUACAUACUGACCUAGUAGUAGCACCCUGUGUUCAUACAACCAGUCUGUGUCGGCAUUUCACCUGUGUGUGUCAGAUGAGGCUGGUGGGAGGAGCUAUAGGAGGACAGACUCAUUGUAAUGGCUGGAAUGGAAUCAAUGGAACGUGUUUAACUCCAUUUCAUAUAUUCCAUUCCAGACCUUACAAUUAGCCCUCCUAUAGCUCCUCCCACCAGCCUCCCCGUGUGUGUGUGAGUGUGUGUGAGUGUGUGAGUGUGUGAGUGUGUGAGUGUGUGAGUGUGUGAGUGUGUGAGUGUGUGAGUGUGUGUGUGUGUGAGUGUGUGAGUGUGUGAGUGUGUGAGUGUGUGAGUGUGUGAGUGUGUGUGGAGGCUGCUGAGGGGAGGACAGCUCAUAAUAAUGGCUGGAACAAAGCGAAUGGAACGGCAUCGAACACCUGGAAACCAUGGAAACCAUGGAAACCAUGUGUUUAAUGUAUUUGAUACCGUUACACCUAUUCCACUCCAGCCGUUACCACGAGCACGUCCUCUCCAAUCACGGAGCCACCAAGCUCCUGUGCAUGGGUGUGAUGCAUAGACUCGGAAGGACAAAGUGAAAACUCCACAUUAAUCUGUGUUUCUGCCUUCUGUCAUUCUCUCCUUUCAUCUCAUUCGCUUAUCUCUGUUGUUCCUAUCUCUUUUCCUGCCUGCUCCUCUCUCUCCUUUCAUCAUGGCCCCUCCUUGUUUCCCUGUUGUCCCUAUCUUGUUUUGUGGAAACACUUUUAAUCAUCUCUAUUUGAAUGACUGCCUGCUAUCCUGCCACCACCAAAACCCCAAAUGACCUGUAUCCCUUUACGUUCAAACCCCUCCUACCUUCCAACACACCCAUGUUACCGUUCUCCCCCACCCAAAACCCUCCUCAUCACCCGUCCUCUCCCGGUCAUCACUCCCUCACCACCAACACCUCUCCUGGAUCUUGACCUGCGACCUCCGACCAGUCCUGAUCCUGGAGAAGGUAGAGAUGGAGGACCUGACCAACAAGACCCUGAAGAUCACAGACUUCGGCCUGGCGAGGGAGUGGCACCGCACCACCAAGAUGUCAGCCGCGGGCACCUACGCCUGGAUGGCACCGGAGGUCAUCCGCUCCUCCACGUUCUCUAAGGGCAGCGACGUCUGGAGGUGGGCAGGGCCAGGGGCCGGGAUAGGAAGUGAUGCGUCAGGAAACUGUCUGUUCUAUCUCACUUAGAUCUAGAGGGCUGGAUGAGUCAUUUAUUCAUGCUCUGGAUCUGGUAAAGCAUUGCAGUAGUAGUAUGAUGGCUGCACCCAAAUAAGGAACCAACGCUAUAAUCCGUUUCCAACAAGAGAUAAUUGUGAUCGUCUUUAUCAUCGUCUAAAGUAUAGAAUAGCCUAGCCACAUCAGAUCUGAUAAGGCAAGGAUUUAGUUCCAUCGCGCUUUGUCAGCUAUGCGCCAUUUGAAGGUCAUUUCCCAUUCAGCCGGCAUGUGCAGCAUUUACCAUGCUUGCAGUCUCCGCAAAACGCUGGAAUAUUGGCUUUAUAAAGGUGCAUAGCCGACCAAAGCACCAUCGGAUUGAAUCCUGGCCUAAGUUAGGGAGGAAGAUUCGAAAUCUGUUGUUUUUGUGUGUUAUCUCAUGCACUCAUCUCGCUGUACUGUCAGGCCGGAAGCAGGACUUUCUAUGUUGCAACGCACUCUCAUGGCUUAUCAUUGACCAUGCCAGGUGGCUUGUGUCCAGCCCUUGUUUUAGUGUGAAAUACCUGCCUGGCUGGAGGUGUGGAGGUAGUUGGAGGCUGUGGACAGGGCUGGCCCUGUCCCCUGUCUCUCUGUGGUGCCAUAAUGCCACCCCCGAAGUGAUUAAUUUACAAUAUUAACAUAAUUAAAACAAUAAGAAUAUUUUUAUUCUGUACAGGCUUCCUUCUUUUCACUCUGUCAAUUAGGUUAGUAUUGUGGAGUAAACUACAAUGUUGUUGAUCCAUCCUCAGUUUUCUCCUUUCACAGCCAUUCAACUCCGUAACUGUUUUAAAGUCACCAUUGGCCUCAUGGUGAAAUCCCUGAGCGGUUUCCUUCCUCUCCAGCAACUGAGUUAGGAAGGACGCCUGUAUCUUUGUAGUGACUGGGUGCAUUGAUACACCAUCCAAAGUGUAAUGAAUAACUUCAUCAUGCUCAAAGGGAUAUUCAAUGUCUUCCUUUUUUUUUUUUUUUUUUUUUUUUUUACCCAUCUACCAAUCGAUGCCCUUCUUUAUGAGGCAUUGGAAAACCUCCCUGGACUUUGUGGUUGAAUCUGUGUUUGAAAUUCACUGCUUGACUGAGGGACCUUACAGAUAAUUGUAUGUGUGGGGUACAGAGAUUAAGUAGUCAUUCAAAAAUCAUGUUAAACACUAUUAUUGCACACAGAGUGAAUCCAUGAAACUUAUUAUGUGACAUUGUUACUCCUGAACUUAUUUGAGCUUGUCAUAACAAAGGGGUUGAAUACUAAUUGACUCAAGACAUUUCAGCUUUACAUUUGUAAUUAAUUUGUAAAAUGUUCUAAUAACAUAAUUCAUUAUGGGGUAUUGUGUGCAGUGACAUAGAAAAAUUAAAGAAAACAUUUUUAAAUUCAGGCUGUAACACAACAAAAUUUAGAAAAAGUAAAGGGGUGUGAAUACAUUCUGAAGGCAUUGUAUAUUUUGUACCAAUUGAGAACUUUGGUCUAAUUCCCUGAAAUCUGGAUCUUCUCUGGAAAAUCAUAAUUGUAGUCUUUUUGGGGUUUACUGCCAGGGCCCAGGUCUGGCAGUACUGCUCUAGCAGGUCCAGGCUCUGCUGUAGGCCAUGUGCUGUGGGUGACAACAGCCACAGGUCAUCUGCGAAGAGCAGGCAUUUAUCCUCUGAAUUGUGGAGACUAACAACAGGGGCUGAGGAUGUUUCUAGAACAGUGGCCAAUUCAUUGAUGUAAAUAUUGAAGAGCGCAGGGCUCAGAUUACAACCCUGGCGAAGGCCCCGCCCCCUGGUUAAAGAAUUCCGUUCUUUACUUGCCAUAUUGAUUUAAUUAUGUGAUAUGUUUUACCCCCUACUUUCAAUAACUUUGUAGAACAGUCCAUUUUGUUAUUAUUUUGGUGGACAUGUUUAUCUAUCAGGGUCUGUCUGUAGGGUGUAAAAUAUGAUCGGUCGUGCGACAUUUUGGUAUAAAUCCAAUUUGGCUUUUGCUCAAGAUAUUGUGCUUAUUAAGGAAGUUUAGAACUCUCUCUCUCUCUGUCCAUCAGCUUUCUGCUCACUGCCAGCUAUUCUCUCUGCUGGCUAUUCUCUCUGCUGGCUAUUCUCUCUGCUGGCUAUUCUCCCUGCUGGCUAUUCUCACUGCUGGCUAUUCUCACUGCUGGCUAUUCUCUCUGCUGGCUAUUCUCUCUGCUGGCUAUUCUCUCUGCUGGCUAUUCUCCCUGCUGGCUAUUCUCACUGCUGGCUAUUCUCACUGCUGGCUAUUCUCUCUGCUGGCUAUUCUCUCUGCUGGCUAUUCUCUCUGCCGGCUAUUCUCUCUGCCGGCUAUUCUCUCUGCCGGCUAUUCUCUCUGCUGGCUAUUCUCUCUGCUGACUAUUCUCUCUGCUGGCUAUUCUUCUGAAUUCUGCCAUUCUGUUUCCUGCUGAUACCGACAAAAGAAAGAUAGAAAGAGGAAUGUAAGCUUAUAAAGCUUAGGGUUGCAAAGUUCCUGUAGCUUUCUCAAAAUUCCCAGGAUUUCCAGAAAUUCCAGGAUUUCUGUUUUCUGUUUCCAUAACUCCUUUUCUUCCCUCUCUUUCCUGAUCUGUUCCUCCUGACCGUCCUCUUCCUCCUCUUCCUCAUCUCCUCUCCCUUCCUCCUCUUCCUCCUCUCCUCUCCCUUCCUCUCCCUCCUCUUCCUCCUCUCCCUCCUCCUCUUCCUCCCUCCUCUUCCUCCUCUCCUCUCCUCCCUCCUCUUCCUCCUCUCCUCUCCCUUUCUCCUCUCCCUCCUCUCUCUUCCUCCUCUCCUCUCCCUCCCUCCUCCUCUCCUCUCCCUUCCUCCUCUUCCUCUCUCCUCCCCCUUCCUCCUCUUCCUCCUCACCUCUCCCUUCCUCCUCUCCUCUCCCUCUCUCCUCUUCCUCCUCUCCCUUCCUCCUCUUCCUCCUCUCCUCUCCCUCCCUCCUCUCAUCUCCUCUCAUCUACUCUCCCUAGUUACGGGGUUCUACUGUGGGAGCUGUUGACAGGAGAAGUCCCAUUCAGGGGUAUUGAUUGUCUAGCGGUGGCGUAUGGAGUAGCCAUGAACAAGCUGGCCCUGCCCAUCCCCUCUACCUGCCCAGAGCCCUUCGCCCGUCUUAUGGAAGGUAAGAUGAGGUGCUUUUUGUUAGGGCGGCAGGUAGCUUAGUGGGUAAGAGCAUUGUGUCAGUAACCGAAAGGUCGCUGGUUCUAAUCCCCGAGCCGACUAGGUGAAAAAUCUGUCUGUGCCCUUAAGCAAGGCACUUAACCCUAAUUGCUCAUGUAAGUCGCUCUGGAUAAUAGCGUCUGCUAAAUGACUAAAAUGUAAAUGUAUUCUUAAUGCACAUGUGUUUGGGCAUGAGGCCACCAGCCACCUAUUUGUUGAGAACGUAAACCUUAUAGAUGAUUAGAUGUUGAGGUAGGUAAAUAGAAAUAUCCAUCUCCGUCCUGAUCCAUAAUCCAUAGAUAGAUUGAUAUUUGUACAAAAAUAAAUUAUAACUUAUUUCCAUUGAGGUCGUCUGUAGAUCCGUUGAGUGCCGUCAGUGUAUAUAUAUAUAUAUAUAUAUAUAUAUAUAAAACUCAGCAAAAAAAAGAAACGUCCCUUUUUCAGGACCCUGUCUUUCAAAGAUAAUUCGUAAAAAUCCAAAUAACUUCACAGAUCUUCAUUGUAAAGGGUUUAAACACUGUUUCCCAUGCUUGUUCAAUGAACCAUUUCUACUGACUCUGAAAAAACACCAAAAGAAAGAUGCUCAUCUGUGUGAACGUGCCUUAUGCAUGCUGGAGGAGGCAUGAGGACUGCAGAUGUGGCCAGGGCAAUAAAUUGCAAUGUCCGUAGUGUGAGACGCCUAAGACAGUGUUACAGGGAGACAGGACGGACAGCUGAUCGUCCUCGCAGUGGCAGACCACGUGUAACAACACCUGCACAGGACGGUACAUCCGAACAUCACACCUGCAGGACAGGUACAGGAUGGCAACAACAACUGCCUGAGUUACACCAGAAACACACAAUCCCUCCAUCAGUGCUCAGGACUGGUCCGCAAUAGGUGAGAGAGGGCUGGACUGAGGGCUUGUAGGCCUGUUGUAAGGCAGGUCCUCACCAGACAUCACUGGCAACAACGUCGCCUAUGGGCACAAACCCACCGUCGAUGGACCAAACAGGACUGGCAAAAAGUGCUCUUCACUGACGAGUCGCGGUUUUGUCUCACCAGGGGUGAUGGUCGGAUUCGCGUUUAUCAUCGAAGGAAUGAGCGUUACAUCGAGGCCUGUACUCUGGAGCGGGAUCGAUUUGGAGGUGGAGGGUCCGUCAUAGUCUGGGGCGGAGUGUCACAGCAUCAUCGGACAGAGCUUGUUGUCAUUCCAGGCAAUCUCAACGCUGCGCGUUACAGGGAAGACAUCCUCCUCCCUCCUUCCUGCAGGCUCAUCCUGACAUGACCCUCUAGCAUGAUAAUGCCACCAGCCAUACUGCUCGUUCUGUGCAUGAUUUCCUGAAAGACAGGAAUGUCAGUGUUCUGCAAUGGCCAGCGAAGAGCCCGGUUCUCAAUCCCAUUGAGCAUGUCUGGGACCUGUUGGAUCGGAGGGUGAGGGCUAGGGCCAUUCCCCCCAGAAAUGUCCGGGAACUUGCAGGUGCCUUGGUGGAAGAGUGGGGUAACAUCUAUACAGUGGGGGGAAAAAAGUAUUUAGUCAGCCACCAAUUGUGCAAGUUCUCCCACUUAAAAAGAUGAGAGAGGCCUGUAAUUUUCAUCAUAGGUACACGUCAACUAUGACAGACAAAUUGAGAGAAAAAAAUCCAGAAAAUCACAUUGUAGGAUUUUUAAUGAAUUUAUUUGCAAAUUAUGGUGGAAAAUAAGUAUUUGGUCACCUACAAACAAGCAAGAUUUCUGGCUCUCACAGACCUGUAACUUCUUCUUUAAGAGGCUCCUCUGUCCUCCACUCGUUACCUGUAUUAAUGGCACCUGUUUGAACUUGUUAUCAGUAUAAAAGACACCUGUCCACAACCUCAAACAGUCACACUCCAAACUCCACUAUGGCCAAGACCAAAGAGCUGUCAAAGGACACCAGAAACAAAAUUGUAGACCUGCACCAGGCUGGGAAGACUGAAUCUGCAAUAGGUAAGCAGCUUGGUUUGAAGAAAGCAACUGUGGGAGCAAUUAUUAGGAAAUGGAAGACAUACAAGACCACUGAUAAUCUCCCUCGAUCUGGGGUUCCAUGCAAGAUCUCACCCCGUGGGAUCAAAAUGAUCACAAGAACGGUGAGCAAAAAUCCCAGAACCACACGGGGGGACCUAGUGAAUGACCUGCAGAGAGCUGGGACCAAAGUAACAAAGCCUACCAUCAGUAACACACUACGCCGCCAGGGACUCAAAUCCUGCAGUGCCAGACGUGUCCCCCUGCUUAAGCCAGUACAUGUCCAGGCCCGUUUGAAGUUUGCUAGAGUGCAUUUGGAUGAUCCAGAAGAGGAUUGGGAGAAUGUCAUAUGGUCAGAUGAAACCAAAUAUAACUUUUUGGUAAAAACUCAACUCGUCGUGUUUGGAGGACAAAGAAUGCUGAGUUGCAUCCAAAGAACACCAUACCUACUGUGAAGCAUGGGGGUGGAAACAUCAUGCUUUGGGGCUGUUUUUCUGCAAAGGGACCAGGACGACUGAUCCGUGUAAAGGAAAGAAUGAAUGGGGCCAUGUAUCGUGAGAUUUUGAGUGAAAACCUCCUUCCAUCAGCAAGGGCAUUGAAGAUGAAACGUGGCUGGGUCUUUCAGCAUGACAAUGAUCCCAAACACACCGCCCGGGCAACGAAGGAGUGGCUUCGUAAGAAGCAUUUCAAGGUCCUGGAGUGGCCUAGCCAGUCUCCAGAUCUCAACCCCAUAGAAAAUCUUUGGAGGGAGUUGAAAGUCUGUGUUGCCCAGCGACAGCCCCAAAACAUCACUGCUCUAGAGGAGAUCUGCAUGGAGGAAUGGGCCAAAAUACCAGCAACAGUGUGUGAAAACCUGGUGAAGACUUACAGAAAACGUUUGACCUGUGUCAUUGCCAACAAAGGGUAUAUAACAAAGUAUUGAGAAACUUUUGUUAUUGACCAAAUACUUAUUUUCCACCAUAAUUUGCAAAUAAAUUCAUAAAAAAUCCUACAAUGUGAUUUUCUGGAAAAUAAAUUCUCAGUUUGUCUGUCAUAGUUGACGUGUACAUAUGAUGAAAAUUACAGGCCUCUCUCAUCUUUUUAAGUGGGAGAACUUGCACAAUUGGUGGCUGACUAAAUACUUUUUUUCCCCCACUGUAUAUACACUAUCGGUCAAAAGUUUUAGAACACCUACUCAUACCAGGGUUUUUCUUUAUUUUUACUAUUUUCUACAUUGUAGAAUAAUAGUGAAGACAUCAAAACUAUGAAAGAACACAUGGAAUCAUGUAGUAACCAAAAAAGUGUCAAACAAAUCUUCAAAUAGCCACCCUUUGCCUUGAUGACAGCUUUGCACGCUCUUGGCAUUCUCUCAACCAGCUUCACCUAGAAUGCUUUUCCAACGGUCUUGAAGGAAUUCCCACAUAUGCUGAGCACUUGUUGGCUGCUUUUCCUUCACUCUGCCGUCCGACUCAAUCCCAAACAUCUCAAUUUGGUUGAGGUCGGGGGGAUUGUGGAGGCCAGGUCAUCUGAUGCAGCACUCCAUCACUCUCCUUCUUGGUAAAAUAGCCCUUAGACAGCCUGGAGGUGUGUUGGUUCACUGUCCUGUUGAAAAACAAAUGAUAGUUCCACUAAGCCCAAACCAGAUGGGAUGGCAUAUCGCUGCAGAAUGUUAUGGUAGCCAUGCUGGUUAAGUGUGCCUUGAAUUCUAAAUAAAUCACAGACAGUGAUUCUUCUUCUCUCCUCCAGAUUGCUGGAGUCCAGACCCCCACCUGCGGCCUCUCUUCACCAGUAUCCUGGAUCAGCUGACAGCUAUAGAGGAGUCGGGUUUCUUCGAGAUGCCAGCCGAGUCCUUCCACUCCCUGCAGGACGACUGGAAGGUGGAGAUUCAGGAGAUGUUCGACCAGCUUAGGGUCAAGGAGAAGGUAGGGGGGGGGAUAGGGCUCUUGGUCAGCUUUCAGAAGAUCAGAAGCCUCUAACAAUGAUACAGUGUGUGAUAAUCUAGCCUGGUUGCAGAUUUGUUUGUGCUGUCUUGCCAACUUUUUUUUUUUAUGGUUGUUGAACCAGGCUAUGGAUAUGGGGUAGUGAUAUACUGUAGUGUAAUCUAUAAUCCCCCUAAAAAAAAAAAAAACUCUGACCACCAUGGUUAAAUCUCCCCUGACCUCUAUCCCUUUGUCGUCAGGAGCUGAGGUCGUGGGAGGAGGAGCUGAGUCGUGCGGCUCUGCAGCAGAAGAGCCAGGAGGAGGAGUUGAGGAGGAGGGAGCAGGAGCUGGCGGAGAGGGAGAUCCACAUCCUGGAGAGGGAGCUGAACGUCAUCAUCCACCAGCUGUAUCAGGAGAAACCCCGCGUAGAGAGCAGGCAGGGCAAGUUCAGACGCUCACGCCUCAAACUGAAGGAUGGGAACAGGAUCAGUCUGCCCUCCGGUAGGUCUGUCAUCAGUAGGACUGGCCAGCAGUCUGAU